UCGUAAACCCCCAGCUGCGAUUACAAAUCCCCAUCUCUCUCUCUCUUUGUAAUAUCCACAUACACUUUUUCACUUUACAAAAUAUGGACUCUCAACCCCCCAGCUCCAUCCCAAUGAACGCGCAGAGCUCGCCUCUGUUCACCUGCAUGGCGUGCCAGGUCGCCUUCUACUCGGCCGAGCAACAGCGCCUUCACUACCGCACCGACUGGCACCGCUACAACCUGAAGCGCAAGGUGGUUGGACUGCCAAGCGUAACGGCGGAGAACUUUGCGCAGCGCGUGCUGGCGCAGCAAGCCAAGGCGGCCGACGACUCGCAGCGCGCAAGCUUCUCGGCAACCUGCGACGUGUGCAAAAAAACCUACAGCUCGGAGAACGCCUUCAACAACCACCUGAAUAGCAAGAAGCACAAGGAGGCCGAGCGCAAGAUGGUGCAGAAGAUCCAGGACGAGGAGAUCCAGAAGAUGGACCAGGAGCAGGAAGUUGUCGAGGAAUCGGCGCCAAAGGUCAGCGAGUUUGUCAUCAGCGAUGAUGAGGACGAGGACGAGGACGAGGAGGUGGUAGAGCAAAAGAUGGAUGUGGAUGCGCCGCUGAGCAAGGAGGAUGUGGAGCGCGAGCGCCGGAAGCAGGAGCGGCAGAUCAAGCACCAAUUGAACACGGCCACUACCGAGCAGGAGGUGAUUGACCUGCUGGAGAAGAAAAAGAAGGCGGCACCGCGGCUCAACCCCGACCACGACUGCCUGUUCUGCCCGAACCAGUCGGACACGUUCGAACAGAACAUGGAGCACAUGGCCAAGGCCCACUCGCUGUUCAUCCCCGAUCUCGAGUACCUGGUGGACCUGCAUGGCCUGAUCCAGUACCUGGCCAACAAAAUCUCCAUCGCCAAUGUCUGCCUGUACUGCAGCGGCCGCGGCCGCGCUCUGCAGAGCCUUGAGGCCGUGCGCCAGCACAUGCUCGAUAAGGGCCACUGCAAGAUCGCGUACGAGGAGGAAAUCGACGUCCUGGAGAUCUCGGACUUUUACGAUUUCUCGUCCACUUAUCCGGACGCUGACCAGCAUGACAAGGACGAGGAGCUGGAUGAGGAGACGAUGGCGGGACGGCGCAGUCUCAUGGGAAGCGUCGAGGAGGAGGACGGCGAGCUGGUGCUGCCCAGCGGCGAGCGGAUCGGACACAGGACGUUGCGCCGCUACUACAAGCAGACCAUCCCGAUGUUGCGCACCGAGAAGGACAGCGUUAUGAUCCACAAGAUGCUGACUAAUUAUGCGGAGAACCCAGAGUACCAGAACCAGAUCGUCCAGACCAGCCACAACCGUGAGCUGGUCAUGGCCCAGCCCCAUGGCCGCCAGGCGUGGAAGGACAUGGCCACGUUCAAGGAGUACCGCCAGAGGCACGACUACAAGACCGCCAUCGGCAUGCGCAACAACGGCCUGAUGAAGCACUUCCGCCAGCAGAACCCGUUCUGAUUCCCCUCCUCGCUUUGUCGUCUCUAAAUUUAAAGUCGCAAGUGAGGUUGCAAAAUAACAUGCCAACCUGCUCAACCAUGGACUGUAUGAUGAACCCCAGUACUGAACCAUGGUCUGGCCCACUCGCCACUGUUCAGUCGCUUUAGAUAUCAUAAGCUAUGACCCGAUAACCAGCCACGAAAUGUAGCCUUGAAGGCCAAUAGUACUCUGAAUGCCGCGGCAGUGAAAACCUUUGCCAGGAACCGCCAAGGGCUCCAUGACCUUUCUGAGAGACGGCACUCUGCAGUGCACUGCAAAAGGCUCCACAGCAGAGAUCCUGCCUUAGCAUCGGCUGAUGCAAUCCAAACAGAC